CUAGUAAGCAUUUCUUGAAAUAAGAGAUCUGAAAGAGGAACUGAGAGAAAUGCAACUGUGGCGCAGUCUUUAAAGAUCCUUUAUGAACAGAUGUUUUUAUUAAGAGUGGAUCAUAAACAGAAGACGGAUGCUUUGGACACAGGCCUGGGGGCCGUGUUGAGCCAAAGCAUCAACAGUGCUGAUCAUCCCGUCAUGUACCUGAGCCGGAAACUGCUGGACCGAGAGACAAGAUUUUAAUACAACAUGGCAAAAUGGAAUAGAGCACCUGAGAGCAAUGGGGACAUUACACUAAUGGAAAAUUUAAGAAGCAGCUCUGACUCUACUGAGCCUGAUGAACAAUAUAAAAAGAUACAUGAUGGAAUAAUGUGUAAGGAACUCAUUGCAGAACUUCAAAAAAAGCAACAUUUAAUGAGGACUGGCAUAAUUGUGCUGUAUUUGUGUGUUCUGUUCAUUCUACUCUUUCUCAUCUAUAUAUCAGUAAAUUCACAUGCAUCUGAAGAACCAACAAAUGGAAGUAAACUAAAGCAACAAAUGGAAAACUAUUUUGAAAAUACCUUUGAACAAGAGGAACAAAGAAAUGUAACUCAGUAUAACUUUACUAAGCUUGAAAAUCACCUGAAGAGCCUACUUGAUAGCUUUAAUUUUACACUUAGCAGUUCCCUGGAAACCAUCAGGGAUGACAUUUGGAAACUAAAUACACACAUCGAACAACUGAAAAUUGACACAGACCUUAAACUGAAUAACACAAUUUCAAGACUCAGCAUCAAAGAUGAUGUUAUUAAAAAGGACAUUCCUAACUUCAAGAUACAUUUGGAAAAUAUGUCUAUGGCUAUAAAACUUUUAGAAGUUAAGCAAGAGAAUAUUACACUUAAAAUAAACAAAGAAUUUGCCACUCUGAACUUUGUCACUGAAGAUCUCAGAUUGAAGGACUGGGAGCAUUCCUUGAAACUAAACAACAUCACAUUAAUUCAAGGUCCUAUAGGGCCACGAGGAGAGAAAGGCAACAAGGGUGACAAAGGUGACGAUGGAUUGAAAGGACAACAAGGUAUCCAAGGUUCAAAGGGAGAAAAGGGAGACCAAGGUGAAGUAAACGACAAAGGAGUAGUUCGACUGAAGGGCGGUCACAACGUAAACAGCGGCAGGGUAGAGGUGUUUUAUGCAGGACAGUGGGGAACCAUCUGUGAUGACAGAUGGGAUAUCAAUGAUGGGAUAGUUAUCUGCAGAAUGCUUGGAUACAAAUCUGCUUUGAAUGUUCAUCCUCAUGCCUUAUUUGGAGAAGGUUCUGGCCCUAUCUGGAUGGAUGAAGUUGUGUGUACUGGAAAAGAAAGCUCAAUUUAUGACUGCUCUUUUUCAGGAUGGGGUAAAACCAACUGUCAGCACAAAGAGGAUGCAGGCGUAACAUGCAGAAAUUAGCACCAAUUGAAACGCAGUUUGAUUUGAUUGGGGAUACUUGUUAAAUAAUGUAUGUUUAUUAUUUUAUUAAGAUACUUGUAAUUUAUAGUUGAUAGAGUAAAACAUAUAAUACUUGCUAAAAUAUAUAAUGGGAGUUUUGUUCAAAAUGUAAAUUCAUCAUAAAAUAUGCUUUCAGAUACUGUAUUUUCCAUCUUUAAGUUUACUGCGAUAUGUGCAAUUCAACAAAGCAUUGACAGGUAUAUAAAGAGGAUUAAGAAAUAACAGUGUUUGAAAAGUAAUCUGUGCUGUGUAUUACAUAGGAUAGCACAGAGAAAUGGUUCUCAACCUCAGUUCUGGGGCCCUCUGUGUUUCCUGAUGUUAGUUCCAACCAGUUUCUCAAUCACAGUCAGUUUUUCUCAUUGUUUAAUUAGCUGACCUGUUUUGUUCCUGUUAUUUUGCAUUUAGAACAGCAAAACAAUAUGGGUAUUAUAAUUAUACAUUCUUUACAUUACUCGGACGCUUUGUGUUUAUGUCUUAAUUACAGUUAUAGACGUGUGUGGAAGAAAUAUUUUUUUUUUUACUACCCUAAAGGGUACUGUUUAACAUCAUAUCCUUGGUUUAUUGUUAUUGUUAUUAUAGCAUUAGGAUUUACUAUGCAUAUCCUGGACCACUUUCU